GGGCCUCUGGUGGCGGUCGGGAACGGGGGGGUGGAGGCGGCAACAUUGUUUCAAGUUGGACAAAUUGACAAGAGCGAGGGAUACACAGCGUUCCAUCGCGCCCUGGGGCCUCGGUGCUGGGUCCUGUUUCCCGCCCCUCCGCCCACGAGAGCCCGGGCCCGCUUUCUGCAGGGUUCCCAGGCCCCCCGGCUCCAGGGCCGGGCGGACCCGGCUCGCUGGCGCUUCAUGGAGAACUUCCAAAAGGUGGAAAAGAUCGGAGAGGGCACGUACGGAGUGGUGUACAAAGCCAAAAACAAGCUGACGGGAGAAGUGGUGGCGCUCAAGAAAAUCCGCCUGGACACUGAGACUGAAGGUGUACCCAGCACUGCCAUCCGGGAGAUCUCUCUGCUUAAGGAGCUUAACCACCCCAAUAUUGUCAAGCUGCUGGAUGUCAUCCACACGGAAAACAAACUUUACCUCGUUUUUGAAUUCCUGCACCAAGAUCUCAAGAAAUUCAUGGAUGCCUCUGCUCUCACUGGCAUUCCUCUUCCCCUCAUCAAGAGCUAUCUGUUCCAGCUGCUCCAAGGCCUAGCGUUCUGCCAUUCUCAUCGGGUCCUGCACCGAGAUCUAAAACCUCAGAAUCUACUUAUCAAUGCAGAGGGCUCCAUCAAGUUAGCCGACUUUGGACUAGCCAGAGCCUUUGGAGUGCCUGUUCGUACUUACACCCACGAGGUGGUGACCCUGUGGUACCGAGCCCCUGAGAUCCUCCUGGGCUGCAAAUACUACUCCACAGCCGUGGACAUCUGGAGCCUGGGCUGCAUCUUUGCCGAGAUGCACCUAGUGUGUGCCCAGCACCAUGCUGGGUGCUGUGGGGAACACAGAAGAAAUGGAAGACACAGUCUCUGCCCGCUGUGCUCCUAUCUAGAAGUGGCCGCAUCCCAAGGAGGGGGGAUGACCGCAGUGUCUACCCCACAUCCCGUGACCCGCCGGGCCCUGUUCCCUGGUGAUUCUGAGAUUGACCAGCUCUUCCGGAUCUUCCGGACUCUGGGGACCCCAGAUGAGGUGGUUUGGCCAGGAGUUACUUCAAUGCCCGAUUACAAGCCGAGUUUCCCCAAGUGGGCCCGGCAGGAUUUUAGCAAAGUCGUGCCUCCCCUGGAUGAAGAUGGACGGAGCUUGUUAUCGCAAAUGUUGCACUAUGACCCCAACAAGCGGAUUUCGGCAAAGGCAGCUCUGGCUCACCCCUUCUUCCAGGAUGUGACCAAGCCAGUACCCCAUCUCCGACUCUAACAUCGUGGCCCAAGUUCCUCCCCCCCCCCCCCCCCGCCCCGGGUGUCACCCACUCCUCCCAGUAUGGGCUUGAUCCGGCGUGGCCCUCCCCGCUGUUUGGGCGCAGGUGGAGGCCCUCUGAUCCUGUCCGGCAACUGUGACACUUCCCUGCCCCUGCUGGCCUGCCGACGCUGGGCACAGAAGGGUUGAGGGAGGAAUGGGUGAGAAUGAGAGGAAGUUGCAGUGUUCCGUGCACUUACGUCAGUGUCCACCACCCGCUCCCCUCCUCAUAGUCCUUGCUGAGAAGGGCUCGUCUUGGAAAAUACCAGAGCUGACUGUUCUCUCCCAGACUCUGAAUGCCCCAUAAUUAUUAUCCCAUGUGUUUGGGCCCCCAAGCCUCCUGUGGCCACUAGUUUUGUAAAGGUCAACUACUAACAGGGUUGGCUAAGCUGGAACUUUGGAGAAAGGAGCAGGAAGAACACCACAGGGAGGAAGUGUUCUUAAAGAAUUCGGUUAAAACCACUCGUGGGUUGCUGUUUCACCUCACCUGACAAGUGGGCAGACCCAAGACUAGGCCCCGGGGGGGCCUGCAGGAGAAAUGGCAGCCCCUAGCCCCUCUGUCUGCCCCGGCUGUGGGCCAGAGGACUUGAAGGCUCUUAACACAGGCACAGUGCCUCCCUCCCAUCCAUUGCUUCUCCACGGCAUUAGAGGCAGGUGAGAGAGUUUGGAUUUUUCUCUGCCCUCGGGAUUCUUAGUUUUUCAGCUACCUUGAAUCCCUGCUCCUGUCUUUUCUGAGGGCCACCCCCGCCCCCUAGGAGAGGAAGUUAGGGUUUAGACAUCCUUUUGAGAAUGCUGACACUUCCAGGGAUGACAUUGGGAAAAUAUAUUUCUUUAAAAGAAGGAUGAACAAUUAUAUUUAUAUUUCAGGUUAUGGCUUUUAAACAGGAGCGGGUGGAUUUUUUGCCAUGUGCACCUUGGGGUUUUGUAAUGGAAAUGUUAAAAAUGUUUUCCUUUUUUAUCAUUCUGGCUCUUUUUCUUCCACCUCUUGAACUUGAGUGCCCUUACUAUUAACGUUAUUUGUAAUUUAGUUUGUAAUUCAUUAAAAAAAAAAGUUCCUAGUUUUGUA